AUGAUGAUAAAUGACACUCUUGAAGUAUUAAAUCUGAAGAACAAUAAUAUCUCAGGUGUUAUUCCUGACACAAUUUCAUUUUCCUGUGGUUUAUCGACUUUAAAUCUUCAUGGAAAUCUAUUGGAUGGGCCAAUUCCAAUGUCCCUUGCCCAUUGUUCAAGGUUAGAAGUAUUGGACCUUGGAUCAAAUCAAAUUAUUGAUGGUUUUCCAUGCUUUUUGAAAGAAAUAUCAACACUUCGUGUUAUGGUUUUGCGAAACAACGAAUUUCAAGGUUCCCUAAGAUGUUCGAAUGCCAAUAAGACUUGGGAAAUGCUUCAAAUUGUGGACAUUUCUUUCAACAAUAUUUUAGUGGCAAGCUAUAGUGUGACAGUCACGAGCAAAGGUCAACAAAUGGAGUUGAUUAAAAUUUUGACAAUUUUCACGUCCCUUGAUUUCUCAUCCAACCAUUUUGAAGGACCUAUACCAGAGGAGAUAAUGGCUUUAGAAGAACUCCAUAUCUUGAACUUGUCAAACAAAGCUUUGUCUGGUCAAAUCCCAUCAACCAUAGACCUCUCUUUCAAUCAUUUGGUUGGAAAGAUCCCAACAAGUACCCAACUUCAGUCAUUUCCAGUUUCUUCUUUUGAAGGCAAUGGUGGACUAUACGGUCCUCCAUUGACUGGAAAUGAAGAUGGUAAAGAUCCAAAUAUGUUUUCACAACCACAAUGUGAAAGAAUAGCUUGUUCAAUUAAUUGGGAUUUUAUCAGUGUCGAGCUGGGAUUGGUUUUUGGCCAUGGAAUUGUUUUUGGUCCACUCUUGAUUUGGAAGCAAUGGAGAUUAUGGUACUGGAAACUUGUGCACAAAAUUCUUUGUAGCAUCUUCCCUCAGAUGUAUUUUGAAUAUGUAAGACAGAGGACAAACGUACACAACUUUAAGGUGGAUGCAGUAGUUAUUAAUAGCAGUGUGCAAGAUGUUGAAUGA